AUGGCUAUUUCGCACUUUCAACUCGUCCACAAGAACCACAAAAAGCCUCGUUCAUCAGAGGUGGUGAAGCGUGCCGCGAGUGCAUCAUGCAGCACGGGUGGUUUUUACCUUGCCCCAAAGAUGGGCGACACCAUAAACUCUCUCACUCCCCUACCCAUCACCUGGGACCCAUCCUGCCUCAACAGCACCGACAUAGACAUCUACCUCAUUUCUCCUGGUUCCGCCCUUCCACGCAUCCACAUCUGGACGGGCGUUGCCCUCAAACGCGGAACAUACACCGCAACACUUAUGCCAAGAUGGUGGAACGCCACCAGCUCCCAGUCCCUCCAAAUCUCCAUCGUCCCAGCCGGCCAAGCUCCUUUCAUGUCCCAAAUCGCAGGAGGGCCUGUCUUCACUGCUACCUAUACCACUCCUUCCACAGGCACACCAGCCUCUGCGGACGUUAACCAAAUCGACUCGGGUGUUACACCUGUGAAUGACGCAGCCAACGCGAAGAAAAAAUCCAUCUCAGGCAAAGCAGCUGCUGGUGUCCUCAUCCCACUCUUGUUCAUCUGCUUGUGCGUCGCUGCGUGGUUCAAGAUGCAGCGCUCAAAGGGCAAAGAAAAACGAAAACGCUGGAGCGAGGCCGUCGACAAGCGCAUGUCCACCAUCUCAACCGACUGGAAAUCCAUCUCUGCAGCAGGCGCACAAGCCGCCAUCAGAAAUUCUAUCGCUGUUUCUGGGACGGGGAGCCGUAACUCUGCUUUCUCCUUUGGCGCCAUUCGUCCUUCUAGCCAGUUCAUUGCCGAAGGGGAAGAAAAUACAGCAGGGGUCGGGUCUACACGGAACAUGUCGCAGAUGCGCCCUGGAGUGGGUCUACGGAACCCUGCAGCUAUGUCUUCUACGGAACGCGUGUCUCGCGUCUCCUUUGCGGCUGAUACGCGUACUUCUCGCGUCUCGUUCGCCGCAGACCCCAGGCCGUCUGGUGAAUCCCGCCGGACGAGGGCGUUCCAUAGCGCGUAUAUUCCGCCUGUGCCUGCGUUGCCGACUGACGACGUGUCGGAUGAUGGGUCUGGCUCUCUGUCACCUAGACAGACGCAAGGCCCAUUGACGCUCACUCCUGAGGACAUUAGGGCGAGGAUUAACGGAGGCAGAUCGGUAUCUCCCUCUUCGGCUGAGCAACCCAGAGACGAGAAUCAGAUGGACGAGGUUAUGCCUGCGCUGAGCAUGAUGCGUACAGGUGCAGACUCCUCCACAGGGGACGACGACUUCUUAUUCUCCACUCCAGCAGCACCAACGCCCUCCCACCCCAAACCCACCGCCUCCUCUUCCUCCGCAGGCCUAACCAGCCCCGUCAUGUCAUCUAUGCCCAUGCAGCCCAUGCCCGCAUCCGUCAUGUCCCCCGACGACAUGUUGCGCGCAUACGCAGAACGUAAGGCCGCAGGCGCCAACAAGGGAGGCUUUGGAGGGGGUAUAUCAACGGCGCAGAUCAGUUAUCCCGUUCCUGCUGCCAAUACGAGUACUAGCAGCGGGAGUGGGGGGAUGAGGACGUUGUUUAAUGCGAGUGGCGUUGUGAGCCCUACGAAUACGGGUAAUGGUGGGUAUGAUGCGUAUGCGGGAGGGGCGAGCUAUGCGAUUGGGGAUGAGGGUGAUGUGGGGCAUGACCCGUAUGGAGGGACUGUUUGAGUGAAAUGAGUGAGUGGUGAGAGGCAGGCGUGUGGAGGUUUGGGUUAUUUAUUGCUGCCUCUCCCCCUCUUUCUUUCUCUUCUGGUCCCCUCUGUCCCGCUCCCUAUUCUGGUCGUUCUCCACUGCGAACGGACGAACGAACGCCCCUCAAUCGACACCCGCGACAUCUCCCUCCUCUUGCUCCCUUUCUCUAUGUUAUACUACGAAUGUGACAUUAUCCUCCGUGGACCCUUUGGUUCUCAUAAAUCCACCCCCCACCUGCCAAUCAGUACCACCUACCUCUGCUUCUUCUCUUUUCUUGCCCACUUCUUGCCAGUGUUUUAUUAAUCAUUAUGACCCAUUACACUCUACCACCCUAUCUCUGCGCCUUUCCUUCCACCUACCUCCACCUCCUUCGACCUUUUUGCUACUAGGCGUAGCAAAGUUGGUCAGGUAACCAUCGCCAGUCCUGCGCCUAGAUUUUACCCCCAUCCACCCACACACGCACUUCAGGAAGAACUCUCUUGACUUUUUUGACACUUUUUUUCUUUUGAUUACGCGAACGCGAAAUUGUACGCCUACCCUACAUACUGUAGACACAAACAUACCCCUCCCCCUCCUCCCCUGUUCACGUAUGUUUUUUUUUUCUUCUUUUCUUUUCUUGGGGCCGUGAAUUACUUAUUCUUUUUUUUAUUUUUUACUUUCUACUUUUGUGAGUUGCAUUGCAGAAAUAUAUUUGGUUGGUUG